GAACAUCGCACACCCACCACACACGCACCACCGCUGAUAACAAUCGGCAUCGGCCACAGCCGUGCCUGGGUGGCCGACCCACUCAUUGCGCGUCGUGAUGCCGGUUCGGCCGGCACAGAGCCCCACAACAAAAAGCAAGCACUCAAUCGCCAUUCUCUCUCCGUCCUUUGACCAUACCACUACCAUGCGGCCACGGGCAAUACUACGAGCUCGUGAGCUCACCUCUCGACAGAUACACUCUGAAGCGCCGCGGCAUGCGCGCAACCCGCCGCAUGCCAAGCCGCUGCCCCCGCGCCCUCCACGGUCCCGGGUGGCCAAGUGGGGCGGGAGGGCAGUCGUGCUCGGGACCGUCGGCGGCGGCGCAUACCUCGCAGACAGGGAGUACAAUGCUAGCGCGGUCACGAGGAGCUUGCGCACUGCGUAUAUCGGCCUCAUCUCCACCCUCGACUACAAACUCAACUUCAAGCCGGAGAAGUCGGACGAGAUUGAGGCCCUGCACACCCGUGUCGCGAAUAGGCUGCGCUGGGUGGUAGAUACUAACCAGGGCAUGUACCUCAAGCUCGGACAGGCGAUUGGCCUUCAAGCGUCGAUGCUGCCGAAGCCGUACCGCGUGGCGUUCGCGCACGUAUUUGACCAGGCGCCAUCAGUACCCUACGAGGAGGUGGUUGGGGUGUUCAAACACGACCUCGGGAUCGACCCGAUGGACAUCUUCGAGACCUUCACCCAUGAAGCUGUGGCAUCGGCUUCGGUCGCUCAGGUGCACAAGGCGACGCUCAAGGCGGUGGUCGGCAACCCUGACCGCGUCGUGGCUGUCAAGGUGCAGAAGCCUGCCAUCGCUAAGCAGAUGGACCUGGACUUGUUCUCGUACCGGACGUUGAUGUACCUCGCCCAGAAGGCGUUCGAUCUUCCAUUGUACUUUGUCGCCAAGUACGUCUCCGAGCAGAUGCGCUACGAGACGUCGUUCAACCGCGAGGCGCUCAACGCACGCAAGUGCGCCGAGUAUCUCUCGCAGACGCCCGAGCUGCGCGACGACAUCAUGGUGCCGAAGGUCUACGGCAAAGAGGAGGGAUACCCCGAGAGCGACCGGAUAUUGGUCAUGGAAUGGGUCGACGGUUGUCGCCUGACGGACAAGAAGCAGAUCGAGGCGUGGGGCCUCAAGCCGCGCGACGUGAUGGACCUCGCGAUCUCGCUCAACGCAGCCAUGACCUUCUCGUGGGGCUUUGUGCACUGCGACCCGCACCCGGGCAACAUCCUCGUGCGCCCGCACCCCACGAAGCGCGGCAAGCCGCAGCUCAUCGUGCUCGACCACGGGCUGUACAUCACGCUCCGGCAGCAGUUCCGCGAGGAGUACGCGACGCUCUGGCGCUCGCUGUUCGUGCUCGACGUGCCCAAGGUCGAGGAGAUCGGCAAGCGCUGGGGCUUUGGCCUCGACCCCAACAUGUUCGCAUCCGCCAUCCUCCUCCGCCCCGCCGAGAUCAAGAAGGGCGAGAAGCAGGAGCGCAAGCCGAUGGACAAGUACCACCAGCAGCUCGAGGUCAAGAAGCAGCUCAAGGUCAUGCUGGACAAUGAGAAGUUUAUCCCCAGGGAACUCAUCCUGCUCGGCCGCUGCCAGCGCAUGAUGCAGGCCAACAACCAGACGCUUGGGAGCCCGUCGUCCCGCGUGAACAUUACCGCUGAGUGGGCCGCGCGUGGCUGGGCCAACAGCCUCACGGGCUCGCGUACCCUGCGGGCUGUUGGCCUCAAGACGUGGCUGCACGACCGGUGGGAAAUGGUGCUCUUCCGCGUCACCGUGUGGGCUAUUGACGCGCUCUUCCGGUGGACAAGCUUCCGUAACAAGUACCUCUCGCCGCGCAACAAGCUCGGCUGGGAGGAGGAGCUGCAGAAGCAGAUGGAGACCAUGGCGCGCGAGGAGCUCGGCAUCGAGAUUGACGACAGCGCGUUCGCGGGCUGAGGUAGACAGACAGACGUACACUAGACAGUUGCAUCAUGCAGUGAGUGCAGGGAUGAUGAUG